UGUUAGUGCGACCAGCAAUAGGUGUGGAUGUAUUAAUCUGCAAACUCUGGCUGCGUUUGUAGUUCAGUGAAAAUCUGGGAGGGUGCAUCAAAAAAUAUUUUUCAUGAUUAUUUUUGCUGGGCUCCCUGUGGCAUGCAUGUGUGUCCUGAGCUUGCAUGUGUAAGGGACGGAUCUGACUGAGGGUGUCAGCGGGCGGACGGAGCGCAAAUGACUUGGCUCUUCCCACAUGGCGAUUCCGGGCUGCUCCGGUGCUACCUCGCUGGCUGAGCAGGAUGAUGCCAAGCCUGUCAGCGGCAGUGGACGGAGCCCCCAGCCGUGAGACCAGAGAAGAGCAGCGGCCCCUGAAGCAGUCCCUGGGCGGCUCUCUGUGCCGGGAGUCGCACUGGAAAUGCCUGGUGCUCACCCUGCUGAUGUACGGCUGCUUCGGCGUGGUGACCUGGUGCCACCUGUCCACCGUGAGCCGCCUGGCGUUCCGCCGGCCGCCCGGCGGCGGCGGCGGCGAGUCGGCCGUCCUCCGCGAGAGCCCGUGCUCCAGCGGCUACGUCUACAUCCCGCUGGCCUUCCUCACCAUGCUCUACGUGGUGUACCUGGUGGAGUGCUGGCACUGCUACGCCAAGAACCGGACCGAGCAGCAGGUGGACGUGCACAGCGUGUACGAGCGGGUGCGGCGGCUGCGCCAGGCUAGCCCCUGCAUCUGGUGGCGGGCCAUCAGCUACCACUACGUGCGCCGGACCCGCCAGGUCACCCGCUACCGCAACGGCGACGCCUACACCACCACCCAGGUCUACCACGAACGCGUCAACACCCGGCUGGCCGAGUCCGAGUUCGACUACGCCCGCCACGGCGUGCGGGACGUCUCCAAGGAGCUGGCGGGGCUGGCCGACCACCCGGCCACCCGGCUCCGCUUCACCAAGUGCUUCAGCUUCGCCAGCGCCGAGUCGGAGACCUCCUACCUGACGCAGCGGGCCCGCUUCUUCAGCGAGAACGAGGGGCUGGACGACUACAUGGAGGCCCGGGAGGGCAUGCACCUGAGGAGCGUCGACUUCAAGGAGCACCUGGUGUCGCUGGCCGACCCCAAGAGCCCGCCCUGGUACGUGUCCCGCUGCAUCUUCUGGAGCGUGUCGUGCCUGGUGCUGUCGUGGCCGCUGCGGGUGUUGGCCGAGUACCGCACGGCUCACCUCCACUACCACGUGGAGAAGCUGUUCGGGCCCGAGGAGGGCGGGCGGGAGGCGCCGGGCUUCGGGCCCCGCCUCAACACGGUCGACGUGACCGAGCUGGAGUGGCACAUCCGCUCCAACCAGCAGCUGGUGCCCAGCUACUCCGAGGCGCUGCUGAUGGAGGCGGCCGCCUGCGCCUCGCCCUCGGCCGCCUACCUCCAGCCGUGCCGCCGCUGCCGCCGGACGGUGAGCAGCGCCUCGCUGCCCUCGGCCCCUUCGUCGUCCUCCUCCUCCUCCUCGGCCUCGUCCCGCCUCCCCUUCAGCCGCAGCCGCUUCUCGCUCGGCCGGCUGCAGCCCCCCGGCCGGCACUGCCUGUUCCGCAGCCUGAGCGGGCGGCUGGGGGGGGGCGGGGCGGAGGAGGGCGGCGGCCGGCGGAGGGGGCCGGAGGGAGGGGGGGAGGAGGAGGAGGAGCAGCCGCCCUCCUACCAGGACGCCAUCUUCUUCCCGCGCCUCAUCGUGCACGCCGGCGACGGUUGCCAUGGCCACCAGCCGCGGGCACGGGAGGCGGCGGGGCCCGACACGCUGCUGUGAAGGGCGGCGACCUCAAUGGGCGGGGCCUUGGGGGCUGAAGCCCCUCCCACCACCGAUGGGCGUGGCCUUUGACGCUUAAGCCCCCCCACCUCAAUGGGCGUGGCCUUGGGAUGCUGAAGCCCCACCCCUCCCCACAAUGGGCGUGGCCUUUGGAAGCUGAAGCCCCUCCCCUCCCACAAUGGGCGUGGCCUUUGACGCUUAAGCCCCCCCUCCUCCCACCUCAAUGGGCGUGGCCUUGGGAUGCUGAAGCCCCCCCCCCCAACCACCAAUGGGCGCGGCCUUAGGAUGCUGAAGCCCCACCCCUCCCCACAAUGGGCGUGGCCUUUGGAAGCUGAAGCCCCUCCCCUCCCACAAUGGGCGUGGCCUUUGACGCUUAAGCCCCUCCCCUCCCACCUAAAUGGGCGUGGACUUCGGAUGCUGAAGCCCCUCCCUGUCCCACCCCCAAUGGGCGUGGCCUAUACAUCCUGAAGCCCCGCCCCAUCCCACCUUAAUGGGCGUGACCUACGGACCCUGAAGCCCCUCCCCAAUGGGCGUGGCCUUUGGACACUGAAGCCCCUCCAACCUCAAUGGGUGCGGCCUUCGGAUGCUGAAGCCCCUCCCUGUCCCACCCCCCAAUGGGCGUCGCCUUUAGAUCCUGAAGCCCCGCCCCAUCCCUUAAUGGGCGUGGCCCUAGGAUGCUGAAGCCCCUGCCCAUCCCACCUCAAUGGGCACGGCUUUCAGACCCUGAAGCCCCUCCCCUUCCCAUCUCAAUGGGCGUGGCCUGCGGACGUCCCACCCCUCGCACCUCAGUGGGCGUGCCGUUGGGAUGCUGAAGCCCCUCCCACCUCCCCCUUUCCCCCACCUCAAUGGGUGUGGCCUUUGGACCAAAGCCCCUCCCACUGCUCCUUUCCCCCACCUCAAUGGGCGCGGCCUAUGGACCCGAAAGCCCCUCCCCAAUGGGCACGGCCUUCAGGUGCUGAAUCCCCUCCCCAUCCCUCAAUGGGCGUGGCCUUCAGACACAUGUCUCACCCCUCGCACCUCAAUAGGCGUGCCCUUCGGAUGCUGAAGCCCCUCCCACCUCCCCCUUCCCCCCCCCCCACCAGCAAUGGGCAUGGCCUUUGGACCGAAGCCCCUCCCCAACCACCCCUCCCCCACAAUGGACAUGGCUGGACCCUGGUCCCCCCCACAGCCACUGCUACCCCUACCUCAAUGGGCGUGGCCAUUGUACUCUGAAGCCCCUCCCACAUACCCCACUGCAAUGGGUGCGGCCUUCAGACCUUGAAGCCCCUCCCCAUUCCACCUCAAUGGGCGUGGCCUUCAGACCAAAGUCACCUCCCCAUCCCCCUCCCCCACAACCACCCCUACCCCAGCCUCAAUGGAUGUGGCCUUUGGAUGCUGAAGCUCUCCCUCUUCCCUCCCCUCCCACCCUGUCUCCUCCCCCCCCCACCCCGUCCCCUCCUCCCCCCACCCCGUCCCCUCCUCCCCGCUCCACCACUCCACCCCUCCCCCCUCCUCAAUGGGCGUGGCCUUUAGACCCUGAAGCCCCUCCCUCUCCCCUCUCCCAUCCCCCCCCACCUCAAUGGGUGACCAACCCUAAUGGCACCAGAAGUCCAAGCCAUCCAACAAAGUCAAGAGCCGGAGCCCCCACAUCAUCCUGCCCCUUCCCCUCUGCACCAUUUGCCCUUGGACCCAGGACAAUGUGCUUAGGGCACAAGGAUAGGAGAUGUCAACAAGUCCAGUUGACCAUCUACCCAAUGGACACAGCCAAUCCCCCUCCCAACACCUCCUUGGCUUGGCAAGGGGCAACGUCGAUUCACAUGGACCAAUACGCAUCACCGUUUCGCAGAGACCAGGCUUGCAACAGUUGGAUUGAAGGGGCAAAGCUAAUCCUCUGAUGGGACGAGGACACAGGACCUUGUGCUUGCAGCCAGAUUGUUCAGGGUUGAUACCAGGACUGUUCUGCCGGGGGGGGGGGGGGGUUAGGUUGGGGGCGCUCGCCUCACCCUCCCUCAAGUGGUUGGCCAUCUCGCAUCAGAUGCAAGUCUCAUGAGCGCGGGAGACAGAAUUGGAAAGGGAUUUGGGUUCAGCGCAGGACAUUCACUCUGUAUCGAAACUAUGCUGUCUGUGUCCCAUCAAACGUCCCAGGGCAGGUACGGCAAGGAUUGGGCACCGUCCCAUCACACACUCCUGGGGUCAGACACAGAGUGAAGC